AUUAAAAUAUUCUAUUUCUGGGGAACAAGCGAUUUGAUGUAACUGGUAUUUGACAAUCGACUGAUAUUAAAUUAUAACAGUUUAAAGAUGUCCGCCAAGAAUAAAAAGGUUUCGGCCUUUGGCGCCUAUCGCGGCUCCGCAACCUCAAAGAAUGAUGUACAAAAAGGAACAAAGAAUGCCAACAAAAAUGGUGCCGCCAAAAAUAACAACAACAGGAACUUGGCCGCCAAAAAUGGUGGAAAGCAGAAGGGUCCGCCAAAGAAGAACGGUAGCUACAGCGACGGCGACAACGGCAGCAGCAGCAGCAGCGGCGAAGACGAGGAGGACGACAGCACCGACAGCAGUGGUGAAUAUGAUUCGUCCGAGAGUGGCGAGGAAUACACGCUGAACAGCCACUCGUCCCAAUCCUCGCCAGAAACUCCGGCUAAUAGUCGUGAGUCACUGAAGCGUCGCAACGAAGAGGCGGAGGGCAGCAAGCCCAUCGGCGCCAAGCGUACUUCAUCCACUCCAGUCGGCCAGUCGACAUCGGCUGCCAGGACCACACAGCAGCCAAAGGCGCCCUCCUGCCCCCUCAAACGGAAUAUGGUCAUGUCAUGUCCGCUGCCCAGCAAGAAGAAUACGGUUCCAGUCAAGGUGGAGGUGGCGUCGCCAAACCGCGCUUUGCUGCCCCCACAGUCAAUCAAGAAGGAACCAGUGGCCAGCAUACCAAGCAGUAUUCAAAUCCGUUUAAUUAAAUCUGUUCAACCCGGAGGUGAUGCAGGAGCAGAGGCUGGCGCUGGCCUGGAGCCAUGCCAUGAAGUGCACAAGGAAAACAGCAUUGAAGUGGGAAAGCGGACCCUGGCUCAGCUCAUUGCUCCGAUGACGAUGGCCACCUUCUUGCGUGACCACUGGGAGAAGAGUCCAUUUAGAGUGAAAACAACGACCUCAGGUGGAUUCUCCAAUCUAGUAUCGUUCAAGAUGAUCGACCAAAUGCUGAUCCAGAACCACGUGGAGUAUACCACCAACAUCGAUGUCACCAGCUAUGAGGACGGCGUGCGGAAGACCUUGAACCCUGACGGUCGUGACUUGCCCCCUAGCGUUUGGGCCCACUAUCAACGCGGCUGCAGCAUCCGUAUCCUGAAUCCCUCCAGCUACCUUGUCCAGCUGAGGCAGCUGUGCGUCAAGCUGCAGGAGUUUUUCCAUUGCCUGGUGGGGGCCAAUGUCUACCUGACGCCCCCCGAGAGCCAGGGAUUCGCACCGCAUUACGAUGAUAUUGAAGCCUUUGUUCUCCAGGUGGAAGGCAAGAAGCGCUGGCGCAUCUACUCCCCCACCAAAGAACUGCCCCGUGAAUCGUCGGGCAACCUCAGCCAGACCGAAUUGGGCGAUCCCAUAAUGGAUAUAGUACUGAAGCCCGGCGAUCUCUUAUACUUCCCACGCGGCUGGAUCCACCAGGCCAUCACAGAGAAGGACUCGCAUUCGCUGCACAUUACCCUCAGCGCCUACCAGCAGCAAUCGUACGCCAAUCUGAUGGAGAAGCUUAUGCCCCUGGUUGUUAAGGAGAGUGUCGAGCAGACCUUGAAGCUGCGCAAGGGCCUUCCGCUGGACAUCUUUCAGAACCUUGGUGUGGCCAACGCCGAAUGGAAGGGCGCGCAUCGCCAAAAGUUGAUACAGCAUAUCCAGAAUCUAGCACAGUGUCUGAUGCCCACCGAGGGUCAGAUCGAUCGGGCCUUGGACCAAUUGGCCAUAAAAUUCCAGCACGAGGCCCUGCCACCCACCAUUGCGCCCCAGGAGUUGAAACGCACUGUAUUCGGUGCACAGGCUACCGUCGAUAAGAAUGGCCAUUGCUCACUUGAUUACGAACUCACAGAGGCGACGGCAGUGCGUCUGCUGCGUGCCAAUAUCGUACGCCUGACGGUCGACGAGGAUGUCCUGCGCUGCUACUACUACACGGACAAUGGUUUGGAGUAUUGCAAAUAUGAGCCAAACUUCUUUGAGCUGGAACCGUUCCAUGGUACUGUUAUUGAGACGCUAAUUCAUGCCUAUCCCGAGUAUACAAAGAUCAAAGAUCUACCCCCGAUGGGAAACGAUGAAGACCGCUUGGAGUUUGUCGAAGCCCUCUGGGAGCGCGGAAUCCUUAUGGUUGAGAAGCCCUUCAAAAAACUAUAAGCUCCGGCAUUCUUCCCCCCUCAAAAUAAACGAACCCAAAGCGAGAGUCGAGUCCUAGUAAACUAAGAUAUUCCCUGUUCUGUUCACCAUUUGUAAUUUGUGUUCUCCCACGCCUUAGCCCGCAGUGUCUUUAAUGUUAUGUGUCGAGUCCUAGGGCAGCGCCAACAGCAUGAAAAUUAACAAGAACAUGAAUUAAAAGAACAAAUAAAUAAUCCAAGUGAUGCAACAUU